GCGUGCAUGGCUUCUGCGAACUCAGAUUUCUGAAAUCGCUGUUGUGAAGCGAAACGAUGACGCAAAGGGCUUUGCUUUGCCGGACAAUGGCUUGUCAACUGCGGCUGCUCUGGUAUUGUUUGAAUGCUUGGAAAGCUCUGAGUGGCAAGUGCUUAAAGACAUGACUAUACGUUUGGAGAGUGAGGGUGCCAGAGAUGCUGUCCGGAAAGCUUUGAUCGAAGAUACCUUGGUUUUGCCCGGCAUGCCUGCCCUUACAAAGCAGGACCGAGAGAUUCUGAGGCUGAUCAGAUCCAUUCUCAAAGAAAAGAUCGAACCUGGUUUUGAAGCCACAGAGAAAGUCUCAAGGUGCUGCCCUGCAGGUCUUGCCAUCAAAACCGUGGGCAUGCAAUCGUGCAUAGCAGCACUGGGACAUAGGAAUCAAGAGGUUCAAGUUGCAGCUGCCAUGGUGGUUUUGAGCCGCAGGGCGGAAGAAACCGAUGCUGAGAACCUUGGCGUGGCCGCUGCAGAAGUUCUUGUUUGUGAACUCUUGGAAAGCGGACAAGCGGAGCGCUGUAUGCCACUUGCGGAUGUGUUGGGAACAUUUUAUUCGCACAUGAUUCUGGAUGGCAACAGCAGUGAGUGUGGUUCCGGCUACCUUCAUCCUUUUGGUGAUUCAUCAGUCAUUCCAUGGUCAGGCCGUACCAAAACUGCAAUGUCGCAGUACCAGACACACCGCUGCACAACUGCCUUCAAGCACAGUACUUGGAGAAUUCCUGACAUGCAGCAACCUUGGAUACGCAGCUGCACUACUUCUUUGAAGCACGAAUCUUGGAGCAUUCGACACAAAACUGUCCUGCUCCUGGGAAAACUAUUGGAACAUAUUGUUAACUCUCUCGUUCGUGUAGUGCAAGAUCCUGAGAAUGAAGCCCGCAUCAAUAGGACGAAGCUGAUUGAUGUCCAUUCAUGGGUGGAACUCCUCACUUCCUGUCUACAUGAAUCAGCUCUUCGAGAUGAGAAGGACGAAGUACGCAAAGCUGCAAGCAUAGCGUGUGUAGCAUGUCGCACAGCCCUUAUGAAGCUCGAAAGCAGUCUGAUGUUGAAGCCCGACCUUCAAUCAAGCUUUCCUUGCCCUGAGUCACCCGACGCCUCCUCAGCAAUUGCUUCACUGAGUUCGAAUGCCAAGUGUUGGGAGACUCGAUGGGCCGCAACACUUGUGCUUGGAAAGUGGGUAAAAAGCAUUCUGAAGUCGCACAAGAAUGCGAUUUGCUUGGGCCAAACAAAGCCGAAGGACGAGGUUGCAUUACUUGAAUCUGCCAUUUUGGCAUUGGUAGAGGCUGCGAAGGACAGGCGAGAAGAAGUAAGGCGAGGUGCCGUCGAGGCCCUUGGAUCAUGUCUAGAUGUGACCAAUCAACUUGAUGUCGAGGUGUUGAAGGCUCUCACCAUCGAGAAUGCUUCUUGCCCUCCUGACAGCGCUGCUUGCCAACUUGUUGGCUCCAUGCGCCGUAUGAAGAUCGUGAUAUUGCGAGGCUGCCUAAAAUGUUGCUUCAAGGCCUUAAGAGACAGAGAUAAGAGCACUCGAAACGGAGGCACAGAGCUCCUUCCAAAAGCAGCAAUCGGGUUACUCACCAUUGCGCUGCAACGCCCUGGAAUGGCAAAUCAGGAUGAUGAUGUGCUUUCAUUGCUUAAAUCCGCCAUCUCCAUACUUGGCACUCGCCGAGCCAGAUACUCAGAAAUGAUACAGGGCGUGAUCCAGGCUUUUGGAUUGUGUGUGAAUGCUCUUGACGACAAAUUGGAUGAGAGUGCACUGGCAAGUCUAAUGGCGAUGGCUGGUGAACACGACAAAGUCAUUGGCACUGAUUCUUCCAAAGCCAUUCUUUCACUGGCUGUCAUGAAAGCUUCAGUGCUUCAAUGCUGCACUGCUUCAAUUUUGCAGGACGACCGGUGCAUGACUCCGUUGGAAGCUACAGUUUGGCUUGGAAAAACAAUUGUCAAGCCACUCACCGUAGAAGCUCAAGACUCCGACGCGCUGAACAAGGCACUUUCCUUACCUGAAGCGAGCGUUUCAUUGCUGAAGGCUGAUCAGUUUGUUUCUGACUGCCGUGAUCAACGUGCCCAUUCACCAACGGCUUUGCUGGGUUCCCUGGCAGCAGUGCUACAAGGAUGCUGCACACGCAGCUGCGUCACGGCUCUGAAGCAGAACAUAUACUCAAAACCAACUGGCCAGUUCAUUCUAGAACCAUUGAAGCAUGUGGAGCAUAUUGUUAACUCUCUCGUUCGUGUCGUGCAAGAUCCUGAGAAUGAAGCCUGUAUCAAUGCAAGGAAGCUGAUUGAUGUGCAUUCAUUGGUGGAACUCAUUCUUCUGCAGCUACUUUGUGCGCUUCAACAUUUGGAUAACGGUAAUAGCCCCGCCGUGAACAAAGCCCUGAGAAUCUUCUGCGAUGCCCUAGAGAAACUUCUGGAAGGUGUAGUUGCGAACAGCGCCGACCUAACGCUUGCUCGAGCUUCCGAAACUCCUGUGCCGUCAGGUGAUGUGGCAGAUUCAAUAAUUCAAUGCUGCCUCCAAAUUUCCGUUGCAGGAUUGAAGCACCAGCAUUUGGAGAUCCAACAACAAGUCAAGUAUUUGCUUGGAAAGUAUGCAGAAAUUGCUCUCAAAUCACUGACAAAAGCACUCUCUGUAGAUGCAGGGAAGCUGAACUACAUGGAUGGGUUGUUGAAAUUUGCCAUGUCCACCACGUCUGCGCUAUCGAAGAUACUUGCAGACACGAAUUCCGACGUUAGGCGAGCCGCAACCAGGGCCUUUACGCACAUGUUGGAUAUUCUCGAGAACUUUUUUGAACGCGUGUUGUUCCAGGAGUCUUGCACCUCAUCAUGUGCCGCCAGAGUUGGAAGACUCAAAGGCUGCUUUCAAGCCUUGAAGCAUAUCUUGAGCAAAGACAACUCUGGAGAUGAAGCGAGGUGGGCAGCCGCUUGCAUGCUUGGGAAUGUUGUGGAGCGCAGCGUCGAGCUGCUCACUCUUGCCGGGCAAGAUGUGAGGGCAAAAGUCAUUGAAGCUGAUGCUCAGCUGGACAAUGAUGUUCUUAUUAAAUCUGCAGCUGGUGCCUUGAAACUUGCUCUUGACACAGAAGCAGAGGUGAGACAAGAAGGUAUUGUUUCCUUUGGAUAUCUUUGGGAUGAACUUGGGAAACUUGAACAUUCAGCAGCCUUGGCCGUUUCCUCACAAGGAUCAGUGAAAGAUGUAAUACUUGAAGGCUGUGCUCGUGUCUUGAAGCGGAAUGGUGCGAGGGCUCAAUUGGCAACUGCCGAACUCCUAGGAGUAUUCGCUACCAAAAGGCUCAAUGUCGCACAGCGUUCAGAGAUCCUUUCAUUGUUUAAAUCUGAGAUUCCAGCAUUAGUCAAAGCUCCGACCGAGAAGGAUUUUGAUGCAAGGCAAAGUCGGAUCAAGGUCUUGCGGUUCCUCUGGGAUUUGCGUGCAACACUUGACAGAGAUGUGGUGUCGAACGAUUCCAAUACCUUACUAGAUGGAGCAAACACUGCUAUUCUCGAAAGCUGUGCUGAGAUCUUCAAAGGGAACUGUGUGGAAAGAUUGGCAGCGGCAGAACUCUUACCAAAAUUGGCUGUGGAGGCCCUCACUGUUGCCCAGCGUUCACACCUGCUUUCAUUCAUUAGAGACAAUGUUCCAACUUUUUCCCAAGCUCUGACUGACGAGGAUUUCGAUGCAAAGCAACGUUGGAUCAAGGUGUUGUGGUUGCUUUGGGAUUUGCUAGCAAAACUUGAGAGAGAUGAGGGGCGGAGUGAUGCAGCCACCACAAAUUUGGCCCUUGCGUUGAAAGCCGAUACGGCACCAGAUGUCUUAAAAUCUCAAAUACGGGACAGCUGCUUGCCAACCUGUUUGGCAAGUUUGAAAGACGAAGGUCUUCGAUUCGGGGCUGCAGUACUCAUGCUAAAAUUUGCAGAGCAUACGAUGGCAUCGCUCACCAGUGCCAUGCAAAAUCCUGAGAGCAGAGGGCGUGUGAAUACUUCCUCAAAGCCUGAGUUGGAUAUUCUGGAAGGCAUCGUUUCAAGACUUUCAGAGCUCUUCUCCACCGGCUCCAAAGACCAGAUUGUGAUCAAAGCAAAGGUAUUUGAGCAAUUGCAUCAUUUGAUCCUGAUGGCCGCCAAUCUUUCUUCUAAUUCUGAUUGCGCCGGCCGUUUAGAAAAGAUGAUCGCUCUUGUUUUGGAGGAAGCUGAUGACGGGAGGAAGAAACUCAUCACGAAGUUGUCUGAGGAAUUGAGUUUGGAAGAUUUGGAGUCCGACAUACGAUGGGCAGCUGCCUUGGAGCUUUGCAACAUGGGGCAGCCAUUCGCAGAGCCCAUACUCAUAAGUCUUUUGCAAAGCUACCUGAAAGAUCCGGAAGGUCGUAUGAAGAGGCAAAAAAGACAUUAUGUAACUGCAGAAGAAUUAGCGGAAGGACCAGUAGAUACAGGAGAUUCAGAAGGACCUGAGAAAGAAGACUUGCUUUCAAUUAGAACGAAGAAGGACAUGGGGAAAGCAAAGGAAUUUGGGGAAGAAGAAUUGCUUUCAUUUCUGCAAGGUGGAGUCUCGGAAAGUGGGUCUGAAGCUGAGAUUCGUAUCGCUCAAUCAGUACAUGCGCUUGCCAACUCCGUGGCGUCAGCAAAAGGAGCGGACAAAGCAGCGAGGGUGGGCAAGGCGCUCGAGCUUUUUCUCCAAUUCAUUGGAGCAGAGAACUCCGUCACACUGCAGAAGCUUGGUUUGGAUGGAGUCCAAAGAAUUGGCCACCAGGGCUUACCAGUCCUCAUGAACUUGCUGGAAGAAGGUAACCCGGAGCAGCAAGCAGCCGCAGCAGUUGGCCUGGGGGUGGUAGCGAAAGAUUCGAUCUCCGUUGAGUCCGCGGAAUUCGAGAAAGUCAACCCCUUUCAAAGAUCUGUGUCCGAGCGACAGACUCCCAACUCCGUGAAACUCCUGCAGGAUUUCAUCGAAGAAAAGCUGUAUGGUAUGCACCCAGCUUCGCGCGCUAAUCUGACUACUUCCAUGCGAGUUGUUCAGCCAGGACAAAGCAGUGCAAAGAGUUGGCUUGUGACUUACUGGUAUCAUGCUCUGCGGCUAGUUGUGGAUUUGCCAUCGCCUUGGACACUAGUGGCCAGCGCCGCAGCAUUUGUCCUCUUUAGCUCCCAGCAUCCCUUGGCCGAACUGCUCAGCCAUCCACACACUUUGGUGCGAUCGCAUCGUCACACGCAGUGGGGGUUCCAUGUGCAAGGCACCGGCCUGCUGCACAGAAAGAUCCAGCUGAGACAUUCAUGGGAGUCGUGGGUCCAGUGGUUUCGUCGAAGCUCGGCGCUGAAGGAGGCUCCCUUUGAACAAGUCCUCAGUCUGGAUGAAGAGCAACGCUUUUGUGCUGCGCUGCAGGCGUUCCAAUUGCUCACCCGUUUGGAGGUUGUUCCGAAGAGCGACUUAGCUGCUUCGACCUUCGCUGCUGUCUUUGCACGCUUCGGUCUGAAGGUUCAUCGAAAGGACGGCCAGUUGGUUCUUGUGUCCGAUGGCCGACGACCACGACUUCUCAACGUUGAAGCAAUUGAGAGAAUCGUUCACAGAGGAUUCUUUCCUGAGCGAUUUCAUGCAACUUCUCCAGUUCUCUGUGUGCUACGACCUUGGUGGCUUUUGGUGGACAUACUGGUGGUUCUGUUGCAGGUUGCAAUUUGCAUCUUGUUGAUGCUACCACCGUUAGCGUGGUUCAGUAUUUACGAAUUGGCUCGCGUGCCAUAUUUCCCAAUGUCACCGGUUGACAGCCUUACAGCUCUUCAUUUCGGGCCACGCUUUGCACAGCUCUCCGAGAGGCUUUUGUUGUCUUCUCCAGUGUUGACCUGCACAAGUGCCAUCUAUGCAGCUGCUUUGUUUAUGUCAUUGGUCUAUGCCUAUUGCACGGAAAAGCUACCGUUGGCACCCUUUCCCAUCUUGCAGGCACUGACCAGGAAUGAGAGAUGCGGUGAAGAUCUGAUGCAUGACCAGCCAACGUGUCAGCGGCGGUGCUAUGUCAUGGUUGCCGUCAUGCACGGAAUACCGUGGGUGGCAUUCUUUCUAUUUUUUGCCCAGGCCACCGGAUGCAGUGCCUUGUUUCUCUGUUGGCUCGGCUUCGGUGUGGUUGUGGAGCCUGCACGAUUUGUACCACUGGUCUCAGCUCUAGGCAGUUUCAUUUUUGCAGUGGCUGCGCGUGUUCGUGGCUUGCUGACUUGGCGCCGGAGCCUGGCGAAAAGCAUCCAGGAGAUCUUCCAAGCCUCUACUGCAGUACUUUGGGUCAACCUGAUGGAAAGAAUGAAGAUCGAUGUGGAGUCUCCCAGCUAUCAACGCCUAUUGCAGGGUAUGGCCAGUGACAUGGACCUGUUCGAGUUGUUGGCACAGGGAAGUUCGAGUCUAUGGCGAUCGCAAUUGGAGAAGUUCUUGGCGCCGAUCAUCGAUCACCAAGCCUUUGAGAUGCUGGUGAACGACAUCAUCCAUGCGCAGGGCAACGCAGAUCAAGAUGUUCAGCUAUCCCGGAGCACCUUUGGAGAAAUCAUGGAAGCCGUUCGAGAGUUCUUGAUCUCAUCCAUGCUACGGAAGUUGGGCUUCAGUUUCGCAAGCUUGGCUUUGCGCAUGAAGUACUUUGUCUUCGUGGCCCUGAUCCUAUUUGGUUUUCUGGCAGUGCUCUCUCAGCUCUAUCCGCUGGAAGCCAAUGUGAGUACCAUCCUUGGAGGGAUUGCUCCCAUCAUUUUGGGCAUUUUGCUGCAGAAACCAGGACAGCCCCGAGUGCCGGCAGACCUGAAACAUGCCUUUGAAGAGAUGCUGAAGUCACUCGUGCUGGGCUGCCAGGCAAUGCUGGUAGAGCUUCGCGAGCAGAAGCAGAACAUUCUGGAUUGGCUUCGCGAACUGCGCAUCAAUGACCAGUUUGUCCAGGAGAUGUUGGAAGUCGACCCCUUCAGCCUGCUCCAGCUGGCGCAGCAGACCAAGUUCCAGAAGUUGCUGGAGUUCCUGGCGAAGAGACCGGGCCGUCCACAUGGUCCCUCAGAACCGGAGCAGUUCCUGGAGUUUCUGGCCGUCUUCGAGGCGACGUACUCGGCCGUGAAGACGACGUCUCCUCGCUUUGCUCAAAUGGUCGACCAGCAAGUGCACCAGUUCUUGCAAGGACACCUUCAAGCUCUUCUGGAGCCGCUGAGUUCGGACGUGGCCCUUGAAGUCCAAGAAGCUUUGCGCAAAGCCAGUGAGUCUGAUGUGGAUACUCUGGAAUGGGUUGGGCGGAUGAUUCAGCAGCUGUGUCAUCCAGAUUUCCAGGAGCUCCUGACAGCCUUACGAGAAAGGAAAGGUUGUGUGGCGCUCAAGAUCCUUGCCAGGUUUGACGUUGACCCCGCUCUUGCCCAAAUCCAUAUCUCUUUGCAAAAGCUUGCGCUCAAGCACGUGCUUCGCUUGUUGGGUUCUAGUGAGCAGGAUGCUGACAGGAUUGCUGCUGUACAAGAUUGGCAGCAAACCUUUGCAUUACUCGUCCAGCUGGUUGUAGAAAAGCUUCGAAAUGAGUUCGAGCCACCGUUGUCGGAGGGUAUGGACUGGAAGAGCAUUGAAGCAUCAGUCGAAAAGGAAUUUGGCUCAAUUGAGUCUUUGGUGGGAUUGUCCGGCAAUAUGAAAAGCAUCGAAGAGUUUGAGAAGAAGUGCUUGGACAAAAUUGCCGUGCUUCUUAUCAAUCAGAAUGUGCAGAACUCCAGAGUUCAACUUUCACCUAGUGGCAUGGAGACCAUUUUCCACCUAUUGGAAGUCUCGGACAUCAAAGAAAUACUGAAAGAUCCUAUGAGUUUCCGAAGUGAGUCGUUGUGGGAGAAGGGCAACAAAGUCGCAGCAAGCUUGGCCAUCGAGCACCUGAGACUCCAGAAGUCUUUUAUAGAGCAAAAGAUGCCAGAACAGGCUGAGUGGGCAGACAUUGAAAGGUUGGUGGAGAAAGUCGCCCCAAGGGAACUCCGUGAUGCUUUCGCUGAUCCAGGAGCAGGAUUCGUUGACUACCAGGGUCCUGCAGCUAUCCAUUGGGCAGUUCUACAGCUGAAACCAUCCUUGCUAAAGCUGGGCUUUCAGCCACAAAGCAUGGAAAAUUUGGAGCCGAUGCUUUUGCAGCUGGAUGUGGACCAAUUGAAGGAGGGCAUCAAGAAACCUCAGACAGUCAUCAGGCUUUUGGAAGGGAAAGGUGGGGAAGUCGCAGUAAACUUGGCCAUUGAGCAGGCAAAACCAUCCAUACUGGAGCAAUUGCCCAGCGGAGUCAGAUGGUCUGAUGUGAGUGAUGUGCUCAUUGAGUAUUGUUCAUCGAGUACUGCAGCUUUGAAUUCUCUACAGAGUCCAACCUUUUCCUUGAACUCCCUGACUGAUGAUCCACAUGUCCAGAAGAAAUGGCAAGUGGCACUCGCACGAAAUGCACUGGAGAAGCACUUGCCCAAAGGAAUCACGUGGAAGGAGAUUGAGCAGCUCGUGGAGGAAACAGAUCCAGAGGAGUUACAUGCUGCUCUGGCCGAUGCAGCCGGAUUCCAGCAGUGGUGCUCCGGCCAACCGACCACGUCCAAGGAGACUUCCAAAGAAGAAGCUCAUGGCCUUCAUCAAACCAUUUCUGAAUCCCCUUCCACCGAUCCACUUGCUGUACGGUCGCAGAACCCAGUUCAACCCACUGAGCCAGUCCAGACACGAGAGCCACCCCAAAGUCUUUCUGAAGAUUCACCCAAAGCUCCCAAGUUGAAGGGAAAAGCGGGACGCAGCCCGGCUCGCUUUGGUCGCAAGGGCGUGCUUCGACCCGCAACAAAGGCGAAACCCAAAGAAGAAAUGCAGCAAGCAGGUUCCGCAUCCUCUUCCACUGAUCCACUUGGAUUGGUGCGGAAGCCGAUUCAACCCAUCGAGCCAAUCCAGACACCAGAGCCACCCCGGAGUCUUUCUGAAGAUUCACCCAAAGCUCCCAAGUUGAAGGGAAAAGCGGGACGCAGCCCGGCUCGCUUUGGUCGCAAGGGCGUGCUUCGACCCGCAUCAAAGGCGAAUCCCAAAGAAGAAAUGCAGCAAGCAGGUUCCGCAUCCUCUUCCACUGAUCCACUUGGAUUGGUGCGGAAGCCGAUUCAACCCAUCGAGCCAGUCCAGACACCAGAGCCUCCCCACAUGAGUUUGGCAGAUUCUCAUCAAGCUUCUUCCAAGGCUUUGAAGGCCUCAGGGUCCUUGAAGAAAUCGCCUACAACUCUGUGGUCUUCGGAUGAUGAACAUCGAUAAGUUGGCCACUUAAAGAAAAGCACACACACACACACACUUCGAAGGUGGAGCAAACGUGAGCUUGUCAUCCUCCAGCAGCUUCCGACCACUUUGUCGACCAAAACGACUUCACCAGCUACUGUAGAGGCGAAUCGCCGUCGCAGUGGAGGUGCCAUCGCCGUCGCCAGGGCAGCCAGGAUUGAUGCAAGCAGGAAUGGCAGGCGAGGGCAGCGGCACAGAGGUAGGUUGAGGGCUCCUUUGAUGCACAUUGAGGUGGCCAUCCUUUUGAGGAACGCAUCGAACAUUGGUGUGAGACUGCAGGCAUGCCAGCGAGGCAAGCCUUGUUUCACACAUUGUGGCGGCUCGGAAAACUUGCCGCAAGAUCAUGAUGAGACAUGAUGUGAGACGUGAUGAGCAGAGCCUUCGAUGUCUUUUCGGGAUGAGACUACUGAUGCUGUCUUUUCCUGACAAUGACGCCUCGUGUAGAGCUGCUGAUGGGCGACGAUCGGCAACGCCCCUGACUUGAACAGAUCCACCGGAGUUCCCAACGAAUGACGCUCCGCGCGGAGCUGCCAAGGAUGAUCACGACUACGAAUUCCGUGGUUCACAUGAAGGAAAAGCCAUCAGCGAGCCGCGCGCACGCCCGCAGAGGCUGCCCAGCUAUGCCCAUCUUCCUGGUGCUGAGAGGGCGGCCGAAUCCGAAGCCGGCCUAAGUGAAGUUGUGUUCAUCGAAUCGACUGCCGCACGUCUGCGGCCUUGAUGACCGACGUGCGGAUCGACGCGUCGGAGGUGGUGAGGCUUUUCGUUCUCCACGAACGGUGUAAUGUGGGCAUUGCAAUGACCCACGAGGUUUGCGACUGGACGUGCGUCGAUGCGGUGAUGAGUGCCAAGUGGUGAUCGAUGCAAUGUGGUGAGUGGUGAACUGUGGUGAUUUGUGCAACAACUAUGGUGUAAGUGGACAGUGCUUUGAAGUGGCAUUUUUCAUGAUUGGACAAUUUCUCUGGCCGCAAAUGCCAUAGACUAUCAUAGACUGUAGACCUUCUGAUUUACCUGUUCGACUAGUCAAGUCCCUUGUUCAAAGCUGUGCAAAAGAAAAAGGGGACCUCCAAAAAGAAACCUCAAUUGUUUGAGUUUUCCACAUAUUUGGCACACAUAUAUUUUUCAUAAUUGAAGAACAGCGUCCUCAUAUUUGAGAGUUUGUGAAUGACAUGUUCAAGAACGUCCACUUUGUUCCUGGCCUUACUACGAACGGAGCAAAGGAAGCUACGAACGUAGCUCCGACCCCGCUCACUGGUCGACCCUUCGUUGGUUCACCAACUUUUCACAGACGCGUCAAUCAGACAGGAUUCCCAAAAGGGUCGAAGGAUUCAAUCAGUUUUUUUUCGUUUUAAACUCGCUCUUUUCUAACUUGGGAGUUUCUUCACUCCAUUUUCUUUGAGAAUGAGUCCUGAUGGAAUCCUUUGAAGGAUCUCAACAUCAGUUGAACAGGCGACAAUCAUGACGGCGCAGCACUUCUUGAAGCCUUGUUUGUAGAAGCCAAGCCAGAAUCAGGAGGCAACAUGGCCACCACCAUCCAUCUUGGCCAGGGAUUACAGCGACGAAUCUCAAUGAUGACAGCGAUGUAGCCAGUCUGGCCGAAGACGCCGUUGCCGGCUUGCCGCGACGCUGCUUGUGCGGCUUGCCGGCUUGAUGCUGAAGAGCACUGGUCGUGCAGUGAAACAAAGUGCUGCACUGAUCUGUCAUCCCGACCUGUGAAUGAUUUUUCAACGUUUUCCUUGGAAUGCUUGUGAGGAG